CUUAUGCAACACGACAUUAAACACUGGUGGUAACAAUUCAUCGCUGGCACUUGAACCUUUGAUUUCCUUUCUGACACUUGUGUUGCUUCGGCCUGCGCCACAUAUUCAGUAAGUAAUGGGAGACUGGAGCUUUUUGGGCCGCCUGUUGGACAAAGUGCAGUCCCACUCCACGGUCAUUGGGAAGGUGUGGCUCACCGUCCUGUUCGUCUUCAGGAUCCUGGUUCUUAGCGCCGGGGCGGAGAGGGUGUGGGGGGACGAGCAGUCGGGCUUCGUCUGCAACACGAAGCAACCCGGCUGCGAGAACGUGUGCUACGACCGCGCCUUCCCCAUCUCCCACAUCCGCUUCUGGAUCCUUCAGAUCAUCUUCGUCUCCACGCCGACCAUUAUGUACCUGGGCCACGUCAUGCUAGUCGUUCACCAGGAGAAGAAACUGUGGCAGCAAAUGAAGGAGCAAAACGAGAAGGGAAUUGUGAAGACGCCCCAAUACACCGAUGGCAGAGGGAAAGUUAAGAUCAAGGGCAACUUGCUGGGCAGCUACUUGGUGAACGUGUUCUUCAAGAUCUUCUUUGAGAUAGCGUUCAUCCUGGGACAGUACUACCUCUACGGCUUUGUGCUGGACCCAAUGUUUGUUUGCUCCAGGUCACCUUGUCCAUUCCACGUAGAGUGCUUCCUGUCCCGUCCCACGGAGAAGACCAUCUUCAUCAUCUUCAUGCUCGUGAUGGCCUGCGUGUCUCUAGUGUUGAACGUCAUAGAGAUUUUUUACCUGAUCUGCUGCGGGAGGAGGAAACACAAGCGCGAGAUAAAAGCUGCGCGAAUGCACUUGGCAGGAGAAAGUUUGAGGAGUGAAGAAGCCACACUGCCGAGCAAACUGUGCACGGAAUACGGAGAUGAGAAAAGUUUCGCUGACAGCACCGCUUAGCGCUUCUCUGUGGUCCUUGAUCCACAGGAAAGUUUGUCAAUAAACAAGACUGUGUCUGCUCUUCCAUACCCAAAGAUUUCUCUCUCCAGGACACAAAAUUGCCUGCUGGUUGUCAUUGCUGAUACCCUUGUAAAGGAUAUAUUUAAUAGUGAUGCAUAUCAUAGGCCUCAGUCAGAUUUUAAUAUAUGAAAAGAGCCACUCAAAAGCUUUUUCUAACACAGGCAGUCCAUGGAUUACGCCCAAGUCCCAUUCUAAGUUUGUCUUUAAGUCAAAUUUGUUUGCAAGUCUGACAGUUGGGUAUGGUUCGUAUCUAAUGUCAGUUAGUCAAGUGUUUGUCUUAGUAGUAUCGAGUAUAGUGUAUAGUGACCUUUCUGUGCAUAAAAAACAUUGAAGAAACACUUCCAGAUACACUAAAACAUCUUAACAUCAUAAUAAUAAUAAUAAUAAAAUGGAACUACAGUGUGUAUAACAGAGAGACCCAUAGAAAGAGAUAAUACUAAAUGUUACUACAGUAUUUAUAAUAGCGAGAAAACAAAAUAAUUUAAG